AUGUUUAAUAAACCUUAAGAAUAUGCCGCACAAAAAAAAGAAGCCUUUCGAUCUGAAAUCCGUAGAAUAGACAGAGAACGAAUAUUUAAUUAAAAAAGGAUUUUAAUUCAUUAACAGAAUGAAAUGAAAGAAAAAGACGAUUUAGAAUUAACCAACUUAAUACCAUAAAUUAUAUUAUGCCAAUAGAAUCAGAAUAUCAAGGAAUUAAAACAACUUCAUCGAUUUGCAUUCAAUUCCAUCUCAACCAACAAUCUUAACUAAAUUACUUAGAAUCAAGAAUUCCUAAUUAAAAAUAACUACUUAUAACACAGCCUCCCAAGUUUGAUCAUUAAAGAAGUCCAAUGUGAAGUCAUUAGAACCCUGGCUAAUUCAUGUAAUCAUCCUCUGUUUUUAUAAUAAUAACCUUAAAAUUUACUCCAAUCUUUAGAAGUUUCAUAUUAACUACUCCUAUCCUUAACAGAUACUUAGGAUAUAAGCGAUAUUCUUAUAUAUUUAGGCAAUAUCUCCAACAGAUGGCCAGAGAUCUGCUAAUAUUUAAUUAAGAGUUUUGAUCGUAUGUUAGAAUUAAGUUCUUCAAAUGACAGUAAUCUAUAUAGAAAUAUUUGUUUCUGUAUGCAUAAUAUAUGUUAUGUUAUGGAUAAUCAAAAUUUAAGCGUGAAAGAUAGAAUCACCUGCUUAAAAGUAAUAGACAAAGGAGUUAACAGGAAUGAUUGCGAUUUCUUACAAAAUGAAAUAUUGCAUCCUUUGACUGUAUUGUAUUUCCAAAAUGAAGAAAUUGAUAAGUACUUGAUGAGUUCAAAAAUAGUACAAUAUGUAAUUACAACUUUAAAAGGAGAAUUUGUAGAAACAACUUUGCAAGUUUUGAAAUAGUUUUCAUUAACUGAAACCAUAAGCUUUUCGAAUUUUCUAAUUGAAUAGGAUAUUUUGGGGAUAGCUUACGAGUAUAGCAACAAUCGAAAGAAGUAAAUUAGAAAAUUUUCAUUCCUAAUUGUGAUCAAUCUGGCUUAUAAUGAUAGUAAAAUCUCAAAUAAAAUUGUUAAACAUAAAAUCAUCAAUAGAGUUAUUAAUGGCUUAAAUGCAUCAGGAAUAUAGGAAAAGCAAAAUUGCAUUCAAGUCAUCCAAAACCUACAAAAGACAGGGGACAAUGCAGUGUUUUAAACUCUGAUAGAAUUGGGUACAGUAGAAAUCAUAGGAAAUUUGAUUGAUGAAGUGGAUACAGUAGUUUUAAAAAUCUUUGUAGAUGCUCUUUGUAGAUUUCUAAACUAUGCAAAAGAAGUUCAAUCCAAUAAAGUGAUUGAGGAUAUCAAGAAGAUUAAACCUAAAUUAGAAUUAAUAUAUAACGACAACAAAGAUCCAAAAUUUUAAGAUCUAUUUCAAUUGUUUUUAUAGCUCUUAUAAUAAUGA